AUGUGUUCUAUUGCGACCAAGUUCAAGGACGCAUACGUCAACGGGUCUGGCCCGGAUCUAGCUGCGGUGCUCACUCCGAUCGGGUCACCUGAGGAUCCCACUCGGCUACGGUCAUUUCACGAAUUCUCCAGCGCCGAAUACAUAUCUAAAGAUCUGAGCUAUGCUCUCUUUCACGGGAAAAGCCUGAAAGUUCCGAAGGCUGAACAAACUGCUUGGCUCGACAUCUUUGCUGCUUAUUGGGAAGCCGUGGAUGAAAUAUUACAAUGUGAAGAUCGCCGCCCGAAUGCCAGCGUCGUUACGGUCUUCAACGCUUGGAAGAAGGUUGCCAAUGCCCUCAUCAGAGGGUACUCAGGCUCCGCCUGCCUCCCCGCAUGGACAUUGCCCUGCCUGUACACCGUCGGGAAGUACUUGCGUACUUUUGCGAUCAAUGCGGAUAUCGAGGCGGCAUCUCGAGGCACUGCUGGUAUUGGAUUCCAGGAAGAUCUUUCGGCCGAGGUUGAGAAGAAUGGCAACUUGGAGGAGGCUGCUCGGGUCAUCAACCGGAUGUUCACUCUGUGUUUGAACGAUAGAGCUCCCAUCGAAGAAUCUCGCAAGUGGGGUAUCUACGACAUGACCAAUCUGUUAUUCAAGACAUACUUCAAGAUCAAUUCCGUCGGCCUUACUAAAAACUUGCUCCGCGCCAUCAAAGCUCAGUCGGCCGAUCUUCCUCCCCCCAGUGCUUUUCCGAAGUCCCAAAUUGUCACAUAUGAAUACUAUGUUGGGGUCAUCCAUUUCUUGGAGGAGAACUAUGCAGAGGCCGAAGAACACCUGACAUGGGCUUGGAAGAUGUGCCAUCGAGAUGCAAUCAAGAACCGAGAGUUGAUCCUCACCUACCUUAUUCCUUGUCACCUCGUGACCACUCACACGCUGCCCAGCAAGGCGCUUCUUGCGCCGUUCCCAAAACUCGAGGGCCUCUUCAGACCGCUUUCAAACUGCAUCCGAAAGGGUGAUUUGGUUGGAUUCGACCAGGCCAUGUCUGCCGGCGAAGACGAGUUUGUCAAGAGACGCAUAUACUUGCCGUUGGAGCGUGGACGUGACAUUGCCCUACGCAAUCUGUUCCGCAAAGUCUACCUCGCUGGUGGCUUUGACGAACCCAAGGAUGGCCAGCCUCCUAUUCGACGAACUCGUGUCCAUGUGAAUGAAUUUGCGGCAGCUCUUCGCUUGGGUUCUUCAGCUGAGCGAUGGCGCGUGGAUACCGAUGAGGUGGAGUGUUUACUUUCCAACCUUAUCUACAAGGGACUGAUGAAAGGGUACAUCGCACGUGAACGAGGCAUUGUCGUGCUGAAAAAGGGCGGCAGUGCUUUCCCGGGCACAGGCGUCUGA